CGGGGCGGGGAUGUGCCAUCAGAUCUAAGUGGCGGAUCGCGGCGAUUCCGCGGAGCGCGGAGCUGUCAUGACGGAGGGCACGUGUCUGCGGCGCCGAGGGGGACCCUACAAAACCGAGCCCGCCACCGACCUCAGCCGCUGGCGGCUCCGCAAUGAGCUGGGGCGGCAGACGUGGACGUACUGCGGCCAGGACGACGACGCUGGSCGCCAGCAGACCGGCCUGGAGGCCCACUCCCUGGGGCUGGACWCGAGCAGUUAUUUUAAGGACUUGCCCAAAGCUCACACAGCUCGUGAAGGGGCUCUGAAUGGAGUAACAUUUUAUGUGGGACUGCAAGCUGAGGAUGGGCACUGGGCAGGUGAUUACGGUGGCCCUCUCUUCCUCCUUCCAGGUCUCCUGAUCACGUGCCACAUAGCACACAUCCCUCUGCCAGCUGGAUACAGAGAGGAGAUGAUACGGUACCUGCGAUCAGUACAGCUCCCCGAUGGUGGCUGGGGCCUGCACAUUGAAGACAAGUCCACAGUGUUUGGGACUGCACUCAACUAUGUGGCUCUCAGAAUCCUGGGCAUUGGGCCUGAUGAUCCUGACCUGGUGCGAGCCCGGAACUUUCUUCAUCAGAAAGGUGGUGCUGUGGCUAUCCCUUCCUGGGGGAAGUUCUGGCUGGCGGUCCUGAACGUCUACAGCUGGGAAGGCCUCAACACCCUGUUCCCUGAGAUGUGGCUGUUUCCUGACUGGAUGCCCGCGCACCCCUGCACACUCUGGUGCCACUGUCGGCAGGUCUACCUCCCCAUGAGCUACUGUUACGCCAUCCGGCUAAGCGCCUCAGAGGACCCACUGGUCCAGAGCCUCCGCCAGGAGCUCUAUGUGGAGGACUAUGCCAGCAUCAACUGGCCAGCACAGAGGAACAACGUGGCCCAUGAAGAGCAGUACACACCACACAGCUGGCUGCUGCGUGUCACAUAUGCCCUCCUCAACCUGUAUGAGCGCUACCACAGCCCCAGCCUGCGGCGGCGGGCAGUGCAACUGCUAUACGAGCACAUUGCUGCAGACGACCGCUUCACCAAGUGCAUCAGCAUUGGCCCGAUCUCAAAGACCAUCAACAUGCUUGUGCGCUGGUCUGUGGAAGGGCCGGCCUCCUCUGCUUUCCAGGAGCAUGUCUCUAGGAUCCCAGAUUAUCUCUGGCUGGGUCUGGAUGGCAUGAAAAUGCAGGGUACCAAUGGCUCACAGAUCUGGGAUACCGCAUUUGCCAUCCAAGCUCUGCUUGAGGCAGGCGCUCACCACAGGCCAGAGUUUAUGUCCUGCCUGCAGAAGGCACAUGAGUUCCUGCGGCUGUCACAGGUCCCCGACAACCCUCCUGACUACAAGAAGUACUACCGCCAAAUGAACAAGGGCGGCUUCUGCUUCAGCACUCUGGACUGCGGCUGGAUUGUCGCUGACUGCACAGCCGAGGCCUUGAAGUCUGUGCUGCUCCUGCAGGAGAAGUGUCCCUCUAUCACCCAGCACAUCCCCCGACAGAGGCUCUGCGAUGCUGUGGCUGUGCUGUUGAACAUGAGGAAUCCUGACGGAGGAUUCGCCACCUAUGAGACCAAGCGUGGGGGGCACUUGCUGGAACUGCUGAACCCAUCUGAGGUCUUUGGGGAUAUCAUGAUCGACUACACGUACGUGGAGUGCACCUCGGCAGUGAUGCAGGCACUGAGGCUUUUCCACAAGCACUGUCCAGACUACAGAGCAGUGGAAAUCAGGGAGACACUGGAGCGGGGCCUGGCGUUCUGUCAGCAGAAGCAGAGGGCUGACGGCUCCUGGGAGGGUUCCUGGGGGGUUUGUUUCACCUAUGGCACCUGGUUUGGCCUGGAAGCUUUCGCCUGCAUGGGGCAUACCUACCGUGAUGGGGCUGCCUGUGAGGAGGUCUCUCGGGCCUGUGACUUCCUGCUGUCCCGGCAGAUGGUGGAUGGAGGCUGGGGCGAGGACUUUGAGUCCUGUGAGCAGCGGCAGUACGUGCAGAGUGCCCAGUCCCAGAUCCACAGCACAUGCUGGGCCCUGAUGGGGCUGAUGGCUGUCAGGCACCCUGACAUCACAGCCCAGGAGAGAGGGGUCCAGUGUCUGCUGGAGAAGCAGCUUCCCAAUGGUGACUGGCCCCAGGAGAACAUCUCUGGGGUCUUCAACAAGUCCUGUGCCAUCAGCUACACGAGCUACAGGAAUGUCUUCCCCAUCUGGGUCCUGGGCCGCUUCGCCAACCUGUACCCCGAGAGCGCCCUCUCUGGCCGCCCUUGAGUGCACCUGCCCUUGAGAGCAUGCCAACCUGUGCUGGCUGCUGCAGGUGGCGAGCAUCAUCUUCACACCUGUGCCCACAAGACUGAGCUGUCUUGGCCAGGUGGCAGGUGUCCGUUCCCUGCCUUGUGCUGUAGCCCUCUGCUCCACCUCGGCACAUGUGUUGGGAUCAGUCCUGAGGCAGGGACAGGGACUGGGUCGGUGGCUUUAGACUACAAUUGCCAGAGUGAUUGUCAAUGUAGGUCUGGUUCUGAGAGGGCUCAGGGAGGAAGGGAGCGAGUCUGACUGUGACGUCAGAGGAGCCGCAGCACCUCAUGCUGUCCCUGGGCACUUCUUGCCUGAGGGAAGAAGGCUGGAGAGACUGGGUUCUCAGGAGAGCAGCUGCUGGGCCCCGAGCACUCCCCACCUGCUGCUGAUUGGGGAUGGGACCUGGGCUAGCUGCUCCCACAUUCCUGUGUAUGCUGGGUAAGGGAGGGACACAGCCCCUCAACGAUGGUAUAAGAGACUGGCCAGCAGGGAGUGGGUUGGGCUCUUGUUCACCGUGAUGUACCAGGAUUCGGUGCACACCCUGAGGCUGUGUGGUGGGGAGCCCAGGGUGGCACUGGCCUGCCCCUGGCUCGUGAGCUCGCCUGUCUGCACUGCAUCCAUCCAUGGCUGCUCGCGCCCUGACCUCCAGGCUUUGCAGGCCUCAAGUGCAAGUCCACAACUCUGCCUCCUGCCCAGCCCUGUUGAGCCCUGCACAGCAUGGUUCCAUGCUUUCCUGCCUCGGUGACAGCCUGUGCUGCUGCCUGUGCUGACCAGCCCCUCUGUGCUAGACCUGCCUUAGUGGCAGCUGGUCUGCCCAGAAACUUCCAGCCAAGACCAGAUCACUGUAGAAGACACAGGUUUUCCAGAAGGAAGCUGCAAACUGACUUUUCUGCUGAAAAUCACCUACAUGACCAGCUUCCUUAAUAAAGGGACACUUAAACCCUGGGGGAGAAGAACACUGUGCUUGUUUGGCUUGCUCUGGGGAACUUGUGCUCUGGGGCUUUCUGAGACUGCCUCCUUGCCCCUGUGUGGGGAGAGUGGGACUCCUGGCCUCAGUUCAGUGCCAGAGAGCUGCGUAGGGACCAGUGUCCCCAUCACUGAAGGGGCAUGCUUACCUGGCAUGAGUGAAAGCAGGCUCUGAGCUGAGUGGGUCACUGAGGAGUCGGGUUUGGCUUAUUGGGUUUGGUUGUCAGGAGCAGAUUCUGCAUGUGCUGCAGGCCUGGAGCUGCCCUGGGUUUGCUGGGUGUCUGCUAAUGUGGGAAUCAGAUGGCCUCUUGGAGGGAGUCUCUAGUGGGAAAGGCUUAACAGGAUGAAGCUUGUCUCUAAAAAGGUAUUUUCCCUCAUGGGAUGUUGCUGUGUAGAUUCAUAUUUUGGCCUAUUUUCCCAAAAGCUGUUUGCUGUUGUUGCCUCAUUCUUCUCUAAUUUCAGCAAAUAGGACAAUAUAGCCAUAUGUAAUUGAUCAGUGAAAUUGAUUUAUUUUCAUUUCUUCAUCUGCCACAUAAGUUACUUACAAUUCAGUUUGUUUUAGAAUGGAAUUAAGGUUAGAAAAAUGAGACAUUCUGAUGGGUCAUGAAUGAGGUCAGCGCUGACUCUCUGCCAGACUGUAGAUGUGCUUGGCCUCCAGGGAGCACUAGCAAGGACGCUGGCCCAGGAGAUGUGCAGCCCACUAGUUGGGGGCAUCCAGAGGGGGUAGAUGGGGACCCCAGGUUUCCCUGGGCUGUUCCUCACAGCAUCUCUCCACAAGGGCAGUGUGGUCAAGCCAGAGCCCUGAAAGCAGACCUGGAAGGUAGCCCCGUGGAGGCCAGGGUGUGGCUCUGGAGAGCUGGGCGAACUUAGCACGAUCCUGGGUGCCUGCCAUCUUCUCUGAGAUUGUAGGACUAACUUGAAGCUUUCCAUUCCUCAUACAGGAGGAUGGGGUGAUGUGGAUGACCAGAAUCGACUGGUUCCAUGGGACAGUCAUCCUGGUUUUCUGUGUGAUGGAAUUCUGCACUCGGGGCAGCAAGGUCCAGAGGGUGUCUUGAGUCCAGGGGUCUCCUGGGACUCAGGAGAGCAGCAAGGCUUCAGGCAGCCCCAGGCACAGGCCUCUACAAGAGUGAUCCCAAGGUCUGCACUCCCUGGGACAGGCCUGCCUUCAGGUCUCCCAGGGAAAGAAGCACGCUGAAGCUCCCAGAUGGACAGAAGACUAGAAGAGCACAUUUGAGCUCAGGGACCUGCUGGAUCUUGGUGAGAGGCCUGACGUGAAGCUGGGGUCGGAAGCACAGAACCACUUGAAGUAAUUCUGGUUGGCAGGUUUUCUGCUCGGGGAAACCUGUCAGCCCACAGAUCCAGACAGCCAGUGCCCCGGCACAUCACCAAAUACGAGUCCCGAAAGCCACAGACCAGCAGGUCACGUUCAAGAGCACGGCGAGGAUGACAGUGUGGGCCAGCGUAGAGUGCUGGGGACAGUGGCCAGAUUGACCAGAAAACAAGUGAAUCGUUUUUCCAACUGACCCACACCGAAAAGAUUUCCCACCAGGUGACCCAUGGAAAUGUCAAGGUGUUGAGGUGGAAGGGAAGUAGUACCAGGUGGAAGCAGCUCCUAGCCCAGGAAGGAAGAGCACCCAGAUGGCAGGUGGCAAGUACAGAGGGCUUUUCCUCUUUGCUUAAAACAGAAUCUCUUUAAAAUAAAACACCGGGGCUGGGGAUGUGGCUC